CAACAACAAAAAAUCUAAUGAAUCUUAAUAUUCAUCGAUAUAUAAAAACGGCAUUCAAUUAUGCUGACAAGAAUAAUGAAGGAUCUUUAACAAAACAUCAAUAUAAAAUAGCAAUGACGGCAUUGUUUGGUUACUGCCCUGAUAAACUGGAGAUAAAUUAUAUUUUUCGCUCUUCUUCACACAAAAAGAUCUCAUUCAAAGAGUUCGAAUAUUGGGUCGUUAAAAAAUAUCCAAUUAAUCAAUUGACAAUUAGUUUAGAAACUAUAUUUGGAUUAAUAGAUAGUGAUAAUAAAGGAUAUUUAACGAUGAUAGAUUUAUGGAAAACUAGUGAAACUAUUGAUAUGAGAAUAUCACCAUUAGUAUGGUAUAAAACGUUUAAGGAAUUAGAUCAGUACCAAAAAGGAUAUAUUGAUUUAACUGAUUUCACAUUCAUUUUUACUAAUAUCAAAAAUAAUAUCAAUCUUAUAUAGUAACAAAUAAUAAAUGAUUUAUAAUGCAUUCAACAACGUCACAUGACGCUAAUAUUUGAUCUAGCAUUUUAUAUAAAUUAUUUAUACGCAUCAGUUUUCAAUACUAAAACAACAACAAGUGCCAUUUCUCGCUAUAUCAUUCUUAUCAUCUCUUAUUCAGACUUAUAUAUAUAUAAAAAUAUAAUUAUCUUACAUUAACAAUAACAUUAUAUCUUACGCAUUAUUAUAUCUACAUGCGAUCGUUAUUUAAUACUAUGAAAAUAAACGUAUAUACAAACAUGAGUAUAUUCUAUGAUGUAAAAUCUAACAAAGUAUUAAUAUUAACCCUUUGCUUACGAAACUUGGUCGAAAAAGGACCCAGACCUUUUUUGCAACUUGACUCAUUUUUCUCAAUUGUACUCAACUUUGGUAAUGUUUUAAACAUAUUUAAAUUUAAUUUAAAACUAUAAAACCUA